AGCAAUAUUCCAGAAUGUCCUUGACAGAAGCUGAGUAUCACGAGCUUGAGAAGCAAGUUAACUUGGACGACAUUGACUUUUCCGACUUGGAAGAGCAAUAUGAAGUCGAUGUCGGCUUAGACAAUUAUGUUGUAGUAGACGGUGCCCCAAUUGCACCAGAGGCCAAGGUCCCUGUAUUGAUCAAGGUCUUAAAGAAGUUGUUCAACACUGUAGGAAAGGUUGUUGAAGGCGACGAAGGAAUUUACAUGCCUUUGGAAGACGGAAAAUCGAAGGGUUACUUGUUUGUUCAGUUUGAAACUUCGGAAAUGGCCGAAGCUGCAAUCAAGCAGUUGCAUGGCAAAAAGUUAGAUCAGAAGCACAGAUUGCUUGUCAACAGAUUGUCUGAUAUCGAGAAAUACGGUGUAGAAGGCAAUGUUGCUGCCGAAUUUGUAGAACCAGAGUUACCUCCAUUCAAGAGCCACGGCUACUUGAAGUCAUGGCUUCAGGAUCCUCAGGGCAGAGACCAAAUAGCCUUGCACCAUUCUGAGACAUUUGGUGUUUUCUGGAACAAGAAGAAGAGCGACCCCGAACCUGUCUUUGAGCCAAGAAAGUUCUUCACCUCGAAAUACGCCAAGUUCUCUCCAAAGGGUACCUACUUGUUCUCUAUCCAUCCCCAGGGUGUUCAGUCUUGGGGGGGAGCUGAUUUCUCCAGCAUUGACAAAUUCAUGCACAACCAAGUCCGUUUGGUUGACUUUUCCCCCAACGAAAAGUAUAUGGUGACUUUGUCGCCACUUCCGAUCACUGCACCUGAUUCUGCUGCUGAAAGAGCUGUUUUCCCCUUUGGACCAGAGUCUUAUGGCCACAAGUUGGUCAUCUGGGACUUGACCACUGGUGAACCAGCUAGAACUUUUGCCUUGCCUCCCCACUUAGAAGGACAGAAGGAAAUGCCAUGGCCAUUGGUCAAAUGGUCCCAUGACGAUAAGUACUGUGCUCGUCAAGGUCCUGGUGCUUUAGCUGUUUACGAAACCCCAUCGUUCCAGUUGUUGGACAAGAAGUUGAUCAAGAUUGACGACAUUGUCGACUUUGAGUGGGCACCUGCUGGCGUCCAUCUUGCCAAUAACAAGUCCGAGAACGGCCACCACUUGUUGUCGUACUGGACUCCUGAAUCCAGUAACCAAACUGCUAGAGUCGCUGUGAUGCAAAUUCCAACGAGACAGAUCCUCAGAACCGUCAACUUGUUCCAGGUUAGCGACUGUAAGAUGCACUGGCAAAGCGAAGGUAAACUCUUGUGUGUAAAGGUAGACCGUCAUACCAAGUCUGGUAAGACCAUCUUUACCAACUUAGAGUUCUUCAAGACCACUGAAAAGGACAUCCCUGUAGAGAAAUUGGAGUUGAAGGAAAUCGUUAUCAACUUCGCCUGGGAACCAAAGUCCGAGAGAUUUGUUAUCAUCUCCAGAUUAGACGAUGGCAACCUCAACUCCGCCAUCCCUAAGAAUAUCAUUGACUUCUACGCUCCAGAUGUGAAUGGUAAGGGUAAGUCUGCCACAUCUGUAUACAAGUCGUACAAGACCAUUACUGACAAGCACUCUAACACUGUCUUCUGGUCACCAAAGGGUAGAUAUGUUGUUGUAGCCACCAUCUCCAGAAGUAACGGUGAGAUCGAGUUCUUUGAUGUUUCGUUUGAUGACUCUAACAAGAACGCUCCAGCUAACGUCAAGUUGUUGAAGAAUGACAAGUUCUCUGGUAUGACGAACAUCAGUUGGGACCCAUCUGGUAGAUUUGUAGCAACUUGGUCGUCUUCGUGGUUACAUACUAUCGAAAACGGUUACAAGUUAUACGAGUUCACAGGUAACUUGUUGAGAGAUGACUCCAUCGAUCAAUUCAAGGAAUUUAUCUGGAGACCAAGACCAGCCUCUUUGUUGAACUCUGCCGACAGAAAGAAGGUCAGAGCCAACUUGCGUGAGUACAGUGCUCAAUUCGAAGAGUCUGACGCCAUGGAAGCUGAUGCUGCUCUUAGAGAAUUGAUCUAUGCCAGAAGAAGAGCCUUGGAAGACUGGAAAGCCUACAGAGCUAAACACGCCAGCAAGGCUGUCAAGGCUAAUGAGGUUCAAGCUGAAAUCAUUGAAGAGAUCAAGGAGGAGAUCAUUGAAGAGAAGGAAGAGAUUGUUGAGUAAUCUCACUAAUUGUCUUCAUACUAUACAAUCAUACAUUACUAAUCUUAGAAA